GAGCUGCCGCCCUGCAACUUUUUUCCGCGGCAGCACUAUGCCGUGGCGCCCGUGAGUACUGGCGAUGCGCUGCUGCUUCUGGGGGGCAGUAAUGGCCACCUUCACUUCAACGACAUUUGGGGCGUCAAGCUAAUCGGCCAAGGUGCCGAUGCUACCUGGCAGUGGAGCGAGGUGUCGCCACAUAAUGAUGGACGCCGGGACCUGGACGGUCGCUUGUUGCUUUCCAAGUGGCCCGGACGGGGUCGUUUUGCCACGUGCGUGGCGUCAAGGCCAGGGGUCUCCACUGCAAUCUAUGUGACUGGCGGCCAAGGCGCCUUCUGCUUUGAAGAUUUUUGGGCGUCAGAGGAUGGAAGACAGUGGUAUUGCAUGUGCCAGAAAGUCCCUUGGGGUGGGCGUUUGGAACCAGGUCUCUGUGUUGUUCCCACAAAGUACGAGCAACUGGUUGUGGUGGGAGGCAUUGUUCCAGGCAUCCACCUCCGUGUUGAGCGGGACCUGUGGAUCUCCAAGGAUGCAGGGAGCAGCUGGCAGCAAGUCGCAACGCCCGAUUGGGAACCGCGCAGCUGCCCCUUGCUGUUCUUCAUGCCGCCCCAACAUGGCCGGCGGCUGCUUGUGCUGGGCGGUGCGCGCUUGGCGGAGGCAUCUGCGGGGGACCGUGCCCACGCAGUGGGACCCCGAUGUUUGGACGAUGCCUGGAGUGUGGAGCUGGAUUUUCGAGAAGGUACAGCUCGAUGGCAGGAACUCUGCACGACCAGUGCUCCUGAGGGGCGUGCUAGCGAGACCGGCUUCGAUGGAAACAUGGCCAGCUUCGAUGUCUCGGCGCUUCCCAAAGGUCAAGCACUGGGCCGCAAGACAGAAAGCGAACACCAAGCGUUGGUGGAUCGAGUGAAAUUUCAGCAGCGAAGCAGCGACAUCGCGCGGGAAGGGUGGCGUCACUACUGUGGUGCUUUGGCUGAUGGCGUUCAAGAUCCCCAGAAACACAGCUCCGAGUUCCUGCUGAAAUUCUUGGAACUGCUGGAGACAGGGCAAGUACCUCAGGCCCAAGAAGACUACGAAACCCGGCAGAUUCGCAGUGCCUGUCCAUCCCUGGGUGGUCGGCAAUUGGAACUCUGGAUGCCGGAGAGCGAAGUGAGUGUCAUGAAAGAUGUGGUGAACUCCAACUGCUACUCUUUGGCGCCGGGCAAGUCCUCGUUGCUGCUGCCUGGGGACCUACUGCUGGACGUGGGCGCCCACGUGGGCACCGCGGCGGCGCUGGCUUUGCGGACGCCCCGGGUGCAGGUGGUGGCGCUGGAGCCGCACCCAGUGACCUUCCAGAUCCUACAGCGAAACCUCGCUGAAGAUCCCCAAGCCACCCUGCUGAAUCUGGCCAUUGAUGGUGGACCCAGUGGCUCCAGGGUGCCUCUCUAUGCACACCGAGGCACCAACAACCCCUCGCGGCUGUUCUUCGCUUCGUUGUUCACCACCCGAAGUCACGCAGACGAUGCCAUCCUGGUGAGCUCCGUCACCCUACAGGACUUGAUCCAACGCUACGCGCCCACGGUGGUGAAGCUCGAUGCGGAAGGUGCUGAGCGCUUUCUGCGGGACGUGGAGGACUUCGGACAGAUCAGACGCUUGGUGGUGGAGUGGGACUGGACGCACAACAAGUACCGAAGAAACUGGGAGGAGGUCAGGCAGCACUUGGAACUCCACGACUUCAAAGUCUCCCUGCGCGGCACCAUGCCGGCCUUCCACGAAACGACCGGGGAGGCAUUGCUGAAGGAUCCGCGUGGUAAGAAGCGCGGCAACACGGGGAUGAUCUUCGUUGCCUCCAGGAAAGCUGCGAUGGCUGCGAUAGCUGGGGACUUGAGGGAUGUUGCCAUCCCAGAGCCCGAGAGCUACCUGGGCAGCGAGAACGCGCAGCCGCGCCUCGAGGAGCAGCUGUUGGCGCUGUCGAUGGAACAGCUGGAAGAGCGCUUGAGGCAUUUUGGAGAGCCUGUGCGUGAGGUUCGAGGUGAAGAAUAUUUUCUUCUUGGUUUUAAGGAGAGAAGAACUGCCGAACUGGUGAAAUCGCUCUGCGAGGUCUACCAGCGCCCCACCUUUCGUCGAAGCAUUGAACACUCAGAUGGUGUGCCCCUGCAAGAGGAUGGGGUUCAAAAGCUCCUGGAAGUGCUUCGGAGCAUCAACUUUGAAGAGAACCUGCGUCCAAGUGUGCACGCUGCGGGUUACCUCAUCCUGAAGCUCGUCGCCAUCCCUCAGCUCCGCUUGUCCUGGGGAAAAGACGAAGGUCGCCGGGCGCGGCUGUGGCAGCUGGCGCUGGAGCUGCUGAAGGCGGCGUCCGCGAAGGCGGCAGCCUUUGAGGUGACGGCCAUGGCGGUGACCAAAAACUUCCGUGGCAGUCCACACAUCGACCAAAACGACUUCUCCGUCCAGUAUGCGUUGGCUGUGGGCGACUUCGCUUCGGGCGGAGAGUUGUGUGUGGAGGAGAAUCCGUUCUUGGUGAGAGGCUUGAACACGCAUAACCGCCUGGUAUGCAUCGAUGGGGACAACCCAUGGCAACGUCCUGGGGCCGUAGUGGUGCUGCGCGCAGGUCAUCUUUAUGUGUCCCCUCCAGUGGCGCCGCAUUGCUGGGUGCAGAUCCAUCCUGUAGAAGCACUGCCGAUGUCAGCACAGAUCUAUGUGGCCUCCGGCCCACGUGCAUGUUGCCCACGGCUCUUCAUCUUCACCAGCGGCGGAAUCUUUGCCUCCACGGUGGGGGAGCUGAGGGCGCAACGACGAGUUCUGCAAAGAUUGGCCAGGCAAAUGGAAAGGCAGUGGCCACGUUUGCCAGCUGUCCUGUGGCAGACGCGCAUCAUCCCAUACUUGCUUCCAGUGGGAGGCCGUGUAGUGAAACCUCUGCCGAAGUCGCUGCUGCGAAGGAAAAAAAAGGAGCGCUGCAGAUUCUGCAGAUCUGUCAGAAUUCAUUGGAUUUUA